AUGCGGUCGAGGAAGCCAUUUUCCAAAAAAGCAGGAUUGUCGAUCAGCUCAGGAGAAAGAAAGUCACUCGAAUAUCUGGAACAGGACGUGGAGCGAGAGAGAGUCGAGUUUUCGAGCUUGCUCAAAGUGGGAUGGAAAGCUGUUCAGCAGGUUUCAGAAGCAGUGGAACUGAAGAUCGAGGAGAUUCAAGAAACGUCUGAAGCUGUGGAGAAAAAGAUUGAUGAUGUUCAAAACAACAUCAAAAAAGGAUUCAAAAAUGAAGAGUUCUUCGAAAGAAUGGCAAGACUGCUCGAAUACAGAUUAAGACGAGUAGAAGAAAUUCAGAAGGCGGGAGCCUCUGCGAGCACAGACAAUCAAGUCAGAAUCGUCUUCAAAGAAACUGGAACGUCACCAUGCCAAUUGGACAGAUCGCCGGACAGAAGAAGAUCACCGUCACCAGUCAGAAGAAGAUCUCCGUCACCAGUCAGAGUCAGAAGUCCGUCACCUCAGCCUACACACAAUCGACGCCAACACUCUCCACAUGAAGAAAGAAACCGCCAUCCGGGAUCUCAACAAGGAACCGGAAGUAGCAUCCCAAAGCUCGACGGGACAGAUUGCACCAGCGAUCAAGAUGCACCAGAUGCCUCCGUCCUCAUCCCAAUGCACCAAACCACAGAUGCCCCCCAGUCAAGCAGUGCUACUACUGCAACAGCAGCGGCAGACACCACAGAAGUGUCUGCAUCAGCCGGUAAACUGAAAAUUGAGAUACUAUUGGAAUAUCACUUGGAGCUUGCUGGAGAUCAGGGACGAGCGGCAACGCAAAAUUUCGGCAACCCGACAAUCCGGUAA